UUCUUGAUAGAGCGCUUGUUCUACCAGAUGAUCACCUGGCUUUAGGUUGAGGAGGGGAAAUGUAUAUAAUGGCCUGUAUAGUGCUAUAAAUUCUUCUCCAGGAUUGUCAUGGGCGUACUCUUCAACACUUUCAUCGCAGCCUUCUCCUCUAUUGGCGCCUUUCUUUUUGGCUAUGAUAGUGGUAUAAUCGCCUCAGUUUUGACAAUGAAUCGUUUCGAGACACGGUUUAGUGCAGACCCGAGCAUACAAGGCGCCAUUGUGUCGACUUUCAGUGGUGGUUGCUUUUUCGGAGCUGCAAUUGCGGGAUGGCUGAACGACAGAUAUGGUCGGAAACGGACGAUUCAAUUUGGUGCUUCUAUAAUCCUGUGGGGCUGCGCAAUGCAAACCGGCGCACACAACACUGCGACUCUCAUUCUCGGCCGCAUAAUCGCAGGAUUUGCGAUUGGGAUCUUGUCGAUGACUGUGCCUUUGUACAACACUGAAAUCGCUCCCCCAAAAAUACGUGGAUUCCUCGUUGGCCUGACACAAGAGAGUAUAGGAAUAGGAUUUCUCGUAGCGAACUGGGUCGGUUACGGAUGUCAGUUUAUUGACUCCGAUGCCAGCUGGCGAUUACCUUUGGGGCUUCAGCUACUUCCAGCCGCGUUGUUGCUCGUUGGUGUCCAGUUUCUACCAUACAGUCCUCGAUGGCUCCUCGAAGUAGGUAGAGACGAGGAAGCCCGGAAAGUUGUAUAUCUGCUUCAUGGCGCUCAAAACUCGGCUGAGCUUGAAGAAGCUGCUGGACAAGAAUACAAUGAAAUGCACGAUACUAUUAAGGCCGAAAUACUCAUCCGAAGUCGGAAAAUUAGCGAUCUCUGGGCAACGCAUGCUAUGAUGAAGCGUACUUUGAUUAGCUGCGCUGUUCAAAUAUUUACCCAAUUUACUGGGAUCAACAUCAUUAGCUAUUUCGGACCUCUUAUGUGGCAAAGUCUUGGUAUGACGGGAGGGAAAGCACUUCUCAUGCAAGGUAUCUAUGGGGUUGUCGGACCAAUUGCCACUCUGAUUUUCAUCCUGUUUAUCGUGGACCGUGUUGGACGAAAAAAGCCACUAAUUUUUGGUGCUAUAACAUUUGUGGCAACAUUUUCAAUUGUUGCAGCUAUAUUGGCAACAAACCCUGUAUCAGAUACCUCUACCAAACCUGCUGAUCCAGGUGCUCAAAUUGCUGGGAUUGCCAUGAUUUUCCUUACCAAUAUCAUCUUUUCUGCAAGUUUCGGCCCUGUAAGUUGGGUGUUGGCCUCGGAGGUAUUCCCAACAAGUACUCGAUCCAUCGGAACCAGUGUUGCAACAUGUUGCAACUGGGCUUUCAAUACCAUGCUGUCACAAGUAUCACCUAUCGGAAUCAGUAAUGUUGGAUACAAAUUUUAUCUGGUGUUUGUCUGCUGCAAUUUUGUCAACCUUAUCGUGAUGGUGAUGUUUUUUCCUGAAACAAAGGGUAAAACAUUGGAAGAAAUGGCGGAAGUAUUCGGAGACUCAAUCUUGCCAGAUGCACAGGGGACAACGAACAAGGGCGAAGACAAAAUCCUGGAACCAGAAAGUGAAUCAAAAUAUGCACAAUAGUUGGCUUCAGGAGUUCCAUACAUCUCAGCUCAUUGGGCUAUUUAUCUCUUACAAGAUCUCGUGAAGUCAAUUCGAUAGGCUAUACUUGAAUGGCCUGGAUUCCAUACGACUCAAUUUUCUAGACUCGAAUCAUAUGUACUACUGUAUGAUCUACAAGGCUAUACCA